GCGUUUAAUUUCUAAUAAGUGGAUAUAGAAAUUGUUGUUUGCAGUUUUGUGAAGUACGUGUACGUAGCCUCUAUCUGUGUGCUCUAAAUUAAAAUGCACAAUAAAAAAGUAAAAAGGAAAAAUUUUUUUUUUUUCUUAGCGAAGUUUAACAAUUUAGUGCACACAAAUGGGGACAAGGUAUACUGAUAUGGAGAGAUAACCUACCAGUAAAAGUUUUUCGUGUCCUAGUUUUUUUCGUUUUUUUUUUACUAAAUAUUUACCACAACAAGCCACUUGGCUUCACGUACAGUCAUUCGUUUAUGCCAGCAAGCUCCUAUUAUUGAAAUUACAAUCAAGUGUAAUUUUACGAAUGCAUUAACAUAUCAUUUAGAAUGAAUUUUGUGAGUCAUAAAAGUAACGGUUGGAAUCCUAUUGUCUAACUUAAUGAGAACAAAUGGAGGAGACCUUGAACGACAUUUAAAAAGCUAAAAAUAGUUUUAAUUGUAUAUUAAUUGAUACUGUAGUUAAAAAUAUACUCAAGUUUUACGUAAAGCUGUUAUCAACUGCUCAGUUGAUUUAAAGAAAACAAUAAUCGCCAGAUUAUGCAACGUUCGGGAAGUAGUUCAUUACUUUUGAAUCGCGGUACAGUAAUCUCUAAUUAAAAAAUUGGUACUAUUUCUAGAACGAAAUGAUCUGCAAAUUUCAGUUACUGGCGAAACAAAAAUAACCACUGUCGCCACGUCAUUUUUUUGAAAAAAAAAAAAGAGAAGAAAACACUCUUAAAUCCAAAAUUUAAGUUAUACCAUAUUAAACUGCACUAUGGAAAAUUUUACGGUGUAAAAAGUACGCGAAUGAAAGAAUACAGCACGAAUACAGACGGAGCAUUUUCCAUUUUCUUAAUUGUAUUCAAAAAGAUAUCAACUUGUAUAAAUAUUCACAUAUUAUUUGUUACAUUCGUUAACAAACUGUGCCAACACCAUUACCACUUAUCAAGCCGCGGCACAGUAAUCUCUAAUUAAAAAAUUGGUACUAUUUCUAGAACGAAAUGAUCUGCAAAUUUCAGUUACUGGCGAAACAAAAAUAACCACUGUCGCCACGUCAUUUUUUUGAAAAAAAAAAAAGAGAAGAAAACACUCUUAAAUCCAAAAUUUAAGUUAUACCAUAUUAAACUGCACUAUGGAAAAUUUUACGGUGUAAAAAGUACGCGAAUGAAAGAAUACAGCACGAAUACAGACGGAGCAUUUUCCAUUUUCUUAAUUGUAUUCAAAAAGAUAUCAACUUGUAUAAAUAUUCGCAUAUUAUUUGUUACAUUCGUUAACAAACUGUGCCAACACCAUUACCACUUAUCAAGCCGCGGCACAGUUAAAGUCAAGCGACAGCUCAAUUGAAGCGACAAGUUACUUACUACUGGCUUGAAAUCCAAAUAAUUUAAUCAGCCUGAACGAGGCUCGAACAGUCGGUGAAUCACAGCGCACGAUGCGGAUUUAGGAAACAGGAUCCGCCCCGCUGGGAACUUUCGAAUUUUCCAGUCGACGAUUUUCCAACUGGAUCUGUGGAUCCACACCGGUGUCGGUUACGUAAACGAUCCGGUGAGUCGUCGUGUACACGACCGCGUGCGAGGCAAACGUUCGCGAAGAUCCUUGGCACGGUAUCGAAAUUCGCGAAUCGAUCGCGCGCCGAAGCCGCGUGCGCGAUGCGAUCGGCAGACGAACGACAAACAUGACGACGAUCGCUCGUCUUCUCGUCGGCAUCGUGAUAUGCGGGUCUAUCACGAAAACAGAUGGACGUUGUUCGUACGCCAGUUGGGAGAAAAUCGGUGGCGUGAAGCCGGAAACCAUUGACGCGCAAACGGUUCUCUUUAGCGCGGUCAACUCAAAUGGGAUAACGAAGCGCUGCUUCGAGAGGUGUGAACGCGUAAACUGCACCGCAUUCGUGAUAGAUUUUGGUAGAAGCAUCUGCUACAGCGUACGAACAAGAGAUGACGAACUGGUCCCCGAUCCGAGUUCGAUCUUUUAUCAGCGAGUAUGCUUGAAAGUGCCAAUGAGUUGCGCGCGAGACAGACUUUGGCAGGUAGAGAGAAUCCCAGGAGCAGUGUUCAUGGACUCCAACGCGUUCCAUCUGCCCGAACCGAUCACGAGGAACCAAUGUUACGAGAAAUGCAUGGACGCAGGUAGAAGCUGCGAGUCCGUGCAAUUCCGCACCACGAAACCCCUGUCGAUCGACAGAACCGCGCUCGGACGGUGCUCUCUCUCGUUGCACGAACGAGGAACCAGACCGUCAGCGUACAGAGCCUCGAUGUACAGAGACGAGUACCUUCGAGACCAGUGUCGAAGCCUCUCCAAUCGUGAAUAUUGUUCCUACGUGGAAUUCCAAAAUGCUUCGUUACCUUACUCUGACGUCGUUUUGAUGAGCUUUGAUGAAAAGCAGUGCAAGAGAAGAUGCGACUCGAGCGUGGAUGGUUUCAUCUGUCGAGGAUACACGUUUGACAAUUCGUCGGGUGAUGGAGUCUGUCUAUUGCAUUCGGAAGACACCACCAGCCUCGGUGUCAGCUCGUUGAUCGACACAGCGAACGUGGUCUACAAAGAACGAGAACCAUGUUUAGAUUUGAGGGUGCGAUGCAACGUUUCGACGAUGACGAUCGAGUUGAGAACGAACGACGCGUUCUUCGGCCGAAUAUACUCGAAUGGACACGCUGAUAGCUGCGGUGUACAAGGUACGGGAAGUAAUCGGACGAUAUUGACGUUGCCCAUUCCGUCAGCGGAUAAAGUUCAGGAGGGAACACUUCGUUGCGGCUUGAACCCUGCUUUUUCUGUCGACAAUCGAAAUCGAUCACGGCCACUGGUUUGGGCAACGAUUGUCAUACAAUUCAAUCCGAUUGUUCAAAGACUGGGCGACCAGUCAGUCAAAGUCGGAUGUUCGUUGAGCAAUGAAACACCUCCGCAACCGGAAAACAUCACCGUCCAUUCCAGUUUCAGUUUCCUCGAUCCAAACGCAGGAGUACCGCCGAUCUCGUCAACGAUCGUCAACACGUCCUCGCAAGUGCCGACAGUCACCAUGAGGAUACUGGACGAGAACUUGGGACAGACUAUGGUCACGCAUUUGGGACAGAAGCUCAUUCUAAAAAUUCAACUGAGUCCAGCAAAUGGUCUUUAUGACAUCGCUGCCGGACAUCUCGUAGCAAGUAGCGCUUCUGGCAAUGCCACUCUUCAGCUGUUGGACGAACUUGGAUGUCCAGUCAAUCCAGCCAUGUUCCCGGUUCUCUCGAAGGAUCCAGCCGAUGGCCGUUCCCUAAUUGCAACCUUCACAGCUUUCAAAUUUCCCGAUAGUCAGCUAGUCCGUUUCAACGUGAUCGUUCGAUUCUGUUUAGACAAGUGCAUGCCGACAAUCUGCAAUGGUAAUAAACUUUCUUAUGGAAAAAAGAAACGAGCCAGCGAAACUUGGAUCACGCCACCGAGCUAUGACACAAAAACAACGCGAAUGUUUGGAAAUGAAAUACCAGAAGAGUUACCGCUAGAAUUCUCCAUAAUUGUGCAAAGUUCCGUCGCCUCUUCGGCUGAUCGUCUGUCUUCGAGGGAGAACUCGUCCCCCGAUACUGUUUUGAUCACGAAAGAAAACCCCGAGGACACGUUGUUCUGUAUCGACGCGAAUCUCGCCUUGAGUCUGCUGAUUUUCCUGUUGAUCAUUCAAAUAGCACUUAUCGUUGGCUGUUUAUUGACCGUGGCGCAAUACAGGCGAACAGCUAUACGUGCGGAAGAAGAGAGAGCGAGUAUCCUGGCCAGGCAUCUCUAUGGUAUUCACGGAGGAAACUUUGAUAUUGAGCGAAGAGUUAGAUGGGCCGAUCACAAUCCUUCCACCUCAUCUCGUGACUGACUCAAUCUAAUUGCAUUAUUCGUAUAGCUAUAUUUCUCUUUUUUUUUUUUCAUGUUAAUCGGUUUCUUAACGAUGAUCGUGAUUCAACGGAUGGAAGGAAAGGACGUGAGACUCAAGAACAAAAAAAGUGAUUAUUUUCCAUGAAACUUGUAUUAAAACCGAAGCAACGACGAACAGACAAUUACAUAACUACGUAGUAAACCAGUCUUCUCGUGUGAAUCGAAUCCGCGAUUCGCGUAUCAAUAUUCUCAAUCGGUAUUACGCCGUCAUUAAGCAUUAUCUUCCUCUUAUUUUCGAAGUCAUGCAACGCCCAACAUACUUCAACGUGACAUCUGUAAA